UGUAUUUGGUGGUUUUUGUCCUCUUUUCCUAACAGAUAAUAGACAAAAUCGUCACUUAGCAUGCACUCUGUGUUGUGGAGGAGCUGUUAGAUCUUUUCCACUGCCUCUGUCUGUUUACAGAUUUGUGUAAGGUUCAUUCAGUUUUCCCCUCGGACGACCGCAGCCAAACCAAACAGAUGAUGCCAAACUGCUUCACUUCCCUUCGCUUGGUUUUCCAGUAGAGUUCACAUUGUCAACAUUGUCAUCAACAAACUGUUCCUGGCCAUGGAUGUUGUUGAGAAUUGCUUCCUGUGAGAACACCUCCUCCCUCCCUGCCUCAGCUCAUUUUUUCCCCAUUUUUAUUUUUCCUGCUGCAGAUUGAAGCUCUCACCCAUCAUCUCUCCAUUCACCCUCAGUUUAGAGCCCAGGGAAACAAUGUGUGAUACUUUUCUUUCUUCUGUAUUUUUCUCUGCCAUCGUGUGUUUUCUCAUUACACAUCUCUUUGUCCCGUGUUUUGUACCAGACAAAUCACAAAACUCAGCUUGUCCGCAGCCCUGUCUCCGGCAGCCAUGGAGACAAUCACCUGUCAAGGGCAAAACAUUGACAAAAAUUCAGAUGUAAAGAGGUUUGGAGGGAAAAAAAACAUUAUACUUGCAGCAUUCUGUAUUAUAUUUGUCAGGGGUGGAAAUGUCAUAGUUUUUAGCAGGUUGAUGGGAGCAGGACUCGCUGGGGAGGCAGAGGAGGGAUGUGUGGUGCCAUCAUGGCUGUCAGACUCGUCCUCUCCUCCCCUGAGGGCUCCUCUGUAGAUGGGCAGAUAUUCUCACUGCUUAUGGUAGAAAAGCAAAGAGGCAGCAGGGCACUCAUUCUAAAGGGUGGGGGAGAGAGAGAGAGAGAGAGAGAGGGUUUGCCCCACAUCUCCUUUGCUACAGCCAAACUACCCUCCGGUUCGACAGUCAGUGAUGAAUCCGUCUGCAGGCGACAGACCACUGAUCCACAGCUGACCCUCCUCUCGGAGCUUUCUCAAACCCGGACAGACAGAGUGAUGUUCAGGCUGCGGUCGGAAAAAGUCCGAAGAAAGACUGGAAACGGAGUCUAAAAACAAAAAAGCAGCAACAUCUUCAUCCGCCUCCUGCAUCUGAAACUUCACAGGAAACCGUUCACAGAUUCUCCCGGAGCGACCGUGUGUGUCUGAUUGGGACCUGGUGUGUGUCAGGGGGCUAUGGUGACGCGAUGUGCUCAGGCUGGUGUGAGGAGAGAUGUACCAGCGUCAGUGGAGGAAGACGAAAAGGUAAAGGAGUGGAUCUUAGUUCAUGGCUGUGUGUCUCGCUCUUGUUCUCCGUUCUGUGGGGCCAGGCGUCCCCCCAGUGCCCGGACAGCUGCCACUGCGCCUGGGACACGGCCACGGUGCUGUGCUCGGACGCCGGGCUGCGGGAGAUCCCGGAGGGGAUCCCACCAGACACCGUCUCCCUCCACCUCGAACGCAACUACAUCCGGAACAUCCCCGAGAACGCCUUCAGCGACCUCGUCCACCUGCGGGACCUGUACCUGUCCCACAACCGCAUCGACUCGCUCGCCUCGGGGGCCCUGCGGCACCUGGGGCCGGAGCUGCGCCUGCUGGACCUCUCGCAUAACCAGCUGAGGCAGGCCAAUAGGGAGGAGUUCGGCUCCACGCGAGCGAAGACCCGCCUCUACCACAACCCCUGGCACUGCGACUGCGCCCUCCAGGAGCUGAUGGAGACUCUGAACCUGGAGCCCGAGACUGUGAACGGGAUCGUGUGUGAGAGCUCUGUGCGGGGCGUGGGCGAGGGGAGCAGGUGGGAGGACCCGGGGUCGCAGGGCGAGCACGCAGGUCAACCUCUGGUCAAACUGUUGGACUCUGGGGUGAACUUCUGCAGCCUGCAGAGGAAAACCACCGACGUGGCCAUGCUGGUGACCAUGUUCGUGUGGUUCUUCAUGGUCAUCGUGUACGUGGUGUACUACGUGAGGCAGAACCAAGCCGAGGCCCGCAGACAUUUGGAGUACCUGAAGAGUUUACCCAGCCCACGCAAGACCCCCACUGAGACAGACACUCUGAGCACCGGCUUCUGAACUUCUGCUCGGCUCUAAUUUAAAUGGAAUAAUCAGCUGGUAGUUUUAUGGAGAGCGACUGAUGCAGUGGGGAGCUACUGUAAGUCGACUGUGGAGGACGCACACACAGAGGAAAUGAACCUUUUACAGCUGCGUUUUGUGAUUGCAAAAUUUCUUUAUAUUUGUUACUACUGAUCCCCUCCUGUGCUUUUCUUAAUAUUUCUUUUCCCGUUGUGUUUUUCUCAGUAGAGUAAAAAAUAAUAACCGAGUAUUUGUUUACUCAUUUUACCAUCUGCACAGGAGAGAAAAGAGAGGAAACCGAAAAACAAAAAAACAGCAGAUGAUGAAAGGAUGAAAUAAAAAUGUGUCAUAAUGAAGAAAUUCUUUGAACCUCACAACCCUCCAUCUCUCCUUGUAGUCCCUCUUCUUUUCUUCUCCCACCAUCCCUCACACUGUGCCCUUUUUUCUUUCGUUAAGGUCUAAUUAAGACUCUUUGACCAGCUGACCCUUAAUGAACACUUGAAAGGCACUAAUCAGGUGGAGUGUGUUUAUCAGGUUAAAGAGGAGAGCGUGUGCAAACUCAAAUGUGUGUCCUCAUCUAAUUGCUUGUCUCGUUUGUUGCUUGUACGUGUGCACAUGUGGUGCUUUUGCAUUGUUACAGCCCAUUUUUUUCACUUUGAUAACAUUGAUUUUGCACGGAUGCUAUUUAAGCCUCUCCCUGAUACACGGUCACUAAGCCGGUUGUUUCGGUGCCAGUGGAGAAGUGCUGAUCUAAAUUUACUCUCAGGGAGCCAUUAGAACUGGAGGUGAACCAUAUUGUUUCUAAGCCGCAGGAAUCAGCUCUAAAAUUAGCGUCUGUACAGCUGUCACUGACUGGAACAGAGAAAUUUCUCUCAGAAAUGGAUUGUGGUUGUAAAUUAUAUUAGAAUAGCCAUUUGUCCUGAGAGAAGCUGUUAGUUUAGCUUUAAUUAAUCCCUUGAGUCCUGCUUCCUCUCUGCGCUGACAAAUCUUUCUGUUUAAGCUGUAUCACUGAUUCUUUUUCCAGGCCGCUCUGAAAAGGAGCACUGAAUCAUUUUCUCAGUUAGAACAUUUAAUGCUUGUAAUGUUAAGAGUAAUGCACUGAAAAUCCAGCUCGGAGUAAACGGAACAACAACCUGACUGGAUUAACAGCCGCCAUUUUUAAUUUCACUCGAGUUCAUCGUAAUCAUGUUUACUGUGGCGUGGCAUUAUUCUGUGAGGGGAGGGCGUGUUGUGUGGUUAACGUAUGAAUAUUUGUCACUCUUCACAAAUAGCUGGCAACAUUUAAUGUGUUUUUAAUGGAUUAGGAGGAUGUUUUUAGCCGUUGCUAGCAGCUUGACUCUACAGAUGUCGGCAUGUUCAUCUGUCAGUCAACAAGGUUUGGAUGGAUGGUUAAAUACCUGCAAAGUAAUGUCAUUAUUCCCAUCAUCCUCCGCUGUACUUUCUGUUGACUACUAGUUAGCCAAUGCUGGAAUGCUAACAUGCUAAACUAAGAUGGUUAGCAGUCAUUGUAAACAUUAUACCUGCUAAACACCAGCAUGUUAGCCUUGUCAUUGUGAGCAUGCAGCUAGCAUGGCUGUAGACUCUUACUGUUCAUGUGUCUUUAAUCCCUGAUGGAUUAAAGUGUACAGUUACAAACUCCUAAAUGUUCAUGGCUGUAGUAAAGUAUAACUGUACGACAUUUUAUCUAACGACUGGUCGGGAGGAGCGGACGUCAAACAUAGUGUAGGUCAACUUUCUGUGUGCUGUAAUGUGCUAAAUGUGGCGUGUGUUGUUUAAUCUACAGAGAAAGACUGUUCAGGAUGAAGACAUACUGUGAAUUAGAAGUAGAGUCAGUUUAAACUCUGAGUAGAACGGUGUUGAUGUUGUCAUGAUCAAUGUAAACCUGGUCUCUGGUGGUAGACCACAGGCUGAAAGACGAGAAUAAAAAAGGUGGAUAUUUGUUCUGUGACUUCAAAAAACAAAUGUCUGUGGAUACACUCGUGUCGCUGAAACUUCACAUGUUCUGACUAUUUCCUGAGUGUUACCUGUCUGUCACAAACAUACAUCUAACACGUAUGUUACAGUUAAUAUAAUCUGAAACCCCCUUUGGCUCAUUACGGUACAGUGAUGCUGAUGAUCGCCCAAAACACAAGAACCAAGCAUGUCGUCUGUGUGUAGUUUUUUCUGUAGGUAUUUUUUUUUAUUGGUGAAGUAUUUCUGUUCUGGUGAUUUGUUUUCUCUCCUGUUUGUUUGCCAAUAAUUUCUCAAACAAGGAUAAAGAUUGGAAACCAUUACAUUAAAUAAUAAAUGAACUAUCGAAAAGUGAUUUCAGGAAAAAAACAAAAAAACAAAAAAAAAACCACAACAGAUAUAUAAAAAAUAAAAGAAACGUUGCUCUACUUUGUUCAUAGAAAUGCUUCUACCUUUUAUUGCUACUGGAAGUUGAAAAAGGCAAGAGGAUGAAGAGAAGUAAUAGAAGUACAGGAAGACAUCAUCAGUUCACAGAAUGAGCUGAUCAUAGUCGGCAGUGUUUCCUAUUUCUACUCUACCAUGCGUUCAAAUUAAAGGAAAUGACUGAAAACUAUUUUACACAUAGAAAAAGUACAUGAUAUGAACUUGUCACCACCUCCUUCUUCAACGUUUUUGUUUGUUUGUUUGUUUGUUUUCGAUCGCCAUCAAACAAAAUCCAAAUCAAAAUGGCCCCGCAUUCAUCCAACUCUCCGCUGCCUUUUCUCCACAUCUGAGCUGUUUCUCCCCCUGGAAAUAUUUCCGGACAUCACCACAAAAACACAAAGUGGAGGCAGAGCACAGCAAAAUGUUUAGAUGGUUUUUGUUUCUUUUUUUUUUUGGGAUGAAUUUCCUUGGGGAAGAGUAAAAAAAAAAAAAAAAACGUUGCCCCAGAUAUUUCAACACGGGGGAGAACAAAACAGGAUAUAAAUAAAAAGCAACUUCAGCCUGUUA